GAAGAGAUGAGGACUGUUGCUGCGUCUAUUCCCAAUUCCAAAGUGCUGCUGAAGCUGAACCAGGUGGCUAGACCACCGAGGCGGUUUGGAUCUUUUUCUCGGGAGGAGAAGAUAGCUACUAGGCACCAGCGCUAUAAAAGAAGCUUCCCCGCUUCUCAUUUGGGGCCUGAGCAACCCGCAACCACCGCACGUUAGGUACUACCGAGAGGCACAGGCCGGCAAGAACCGAGCUAGCUAGCUAAUAAUCAGGGAAGCUGUCUGGCAAAGUCUCGGCCUUCGUCUUCGCAGCGCUGUGUAGACGAGUACUCGAUCGGCGCGAUGGAGAGGUCGACGACGACGACCGAAGGCCACGUGGUUGGGAUCCCGGUGAGCACCAGGGCUUAUGGCAUCGAGGAGCCCGACUUCCCGGCGGAGGAGACGCAGACGCCCGACCACGGAGAAUUCCCGAGCUCCUUCCAGUACAACGACAGCCAUGAUGCUACCAGUUCAACGACGACCACCGAUCGGCCGACGAGCGAUCAACAAGGCACCACCUGCAGGAAGGGAGGCAGUAUCGCUCAGGGCAUCAAAGAGCACGUGACCCUGGGGCCAAACCUUUCGGACACGGUGAAGGGGAAGUUCUCCCUGGUGGCGAAGAUCGUGCGGGCCGGCGGCGUGGAGAAGGUGUUCCGGCGGUGGUUCUCCGCGGACAAGAACGAGAAGCUGCUGCGGGCCUCGCAGUGCCACCUGUCGACGACGGCCGGGCCCAUCGCCGGCGUGCUGUUCGUGUCGACGGCGCGGGUGGCCUUCCGCAGCGACCGGGCGCUGGCGGUGCCGGUGCCGGUGCCCACCCCGCGCGGCGGCACGGCGCGCGUGCCGUACAAGGUGGCCAUCCCGCUGCGAAAGGUGAGGGCGGUGCGGCCCAGCGAGAACAAGCACCGGCCGGAGCAGAAGUACGUGCGGCUCGCCACCACCGACGGAUUCGAGUUCUGGUUCAUGGGGUUCGUCAGCUACGACAAGUCGCUGCAGCACCUGGAGCGGGCCGUCGCGUACGCGCAGCAGGCGCAAUGACGG